AUGUCCGAUCCUAGCUACUGGACGGCGGUGGCGGCGCCCGGCCACCGGAGCCGCCUGGCCAAGGGCGCGCUGCUGCAGCGCUCCAAAAGCUGCCGCAGCGGGAACCGCAAGAGCCUGGUGGUAGGAACGCCCUCGCCGACCCUUUCCCGGCCCCUGUCACCACUGUCCAUCCCAACAGCAGGCAGCAGCCCCCUGGAUAGUCCUCGGAACUUCUCAGCUGCAUCUGCUGUCAACUUCCCUUUUGCCCGGAGGGCCGACGGCAGAAGAUGGUCCCUCGCGUCCCUCCCGUCUUCUGGCUAUGGAACCAACACGCCCAGCUCCACUGUCUCGUCGAGCUCAUCCUCCAGGGAGCGCCUCCACCAGCUUCCUUUCCAGCCGACUCCGGACGAACUAUGCUUCCUGUCCAAGCAUUUCCGCAGCUCAGAGAGCAUGGCUGAUGAGGAGGGCGGCCACCACUCACCUCACCUUCGGCCCCGCUCCCGCAGCCUCAGCCCUGGACGCACAACAGGCGCCUUCGACAAUGAGAUCGUCAUGAUGAAUCACGUGUACCGGGAGAGAUUCCCCAAGGCCACAGCACAGAUGGAGGGCCGUCUGCAGGAGUUUCUGGCCGCCUUCUCACCCGGCGCCCGGCUGGCACUGGCUGACGGCGUCCUGGGUUUCAUCCACCACCAAAUCAUCGAGCUGGCCCGCGACUGCCUGGCCAAGUCUGGAGAGGCUCUUGUCACCUCCCGCUACUUCCUGGAGAUGCAGGAGAAGCUGGAGAGGCUGCUGCAGGAUGCCCAUGAGCGCUCAGACAGUGAGGAAGUUGGCUUCAUUGUCCAGCUUGUCCGGAAGCUGUUGGUCAUCAUCUCGCGGCCAGCGAGGCUCCUCGAGUGCCUGGAAUUUGACCCUGAGGAGUUUUACCACCUGCUGGAGGCUGCCGAAGGCCAGGCCCGCGAGGGCCAGGGCAUCAAGACGGACCUGCCGCGGUACAUCAUUGGGCAGCUGGGCCUGGCUAAGGACCCCCUCCAGGAGACGGUGCCUCUGAGUCACCUUGAUGACAGUGGAGGACAGCCCCCAGCACCGGAGUCCCCAGAAAGUCGUGCCCUGGUCGGCCCUUCACGGAGGAAGCCCUGUGAGAGCGACUUCGAGACUAUCAAACUCAUUAGCAAUGGGGCCUACGGGGCCGUCUACCUGGUGCGGCACCGGGAAACGAGGCAGCGCUUUGCCAUCAAGAAGAUCAACAAGCAGAACCUGAUCCUUCGCAACCAGAUCCAACAGGUCUUCGUGGAGCGCGACAUCCUCACCUUCGCUGAGAAUCCGUUUGUGGUCAGCAUGUUCUGCUCGUUCGAGACCCGGCGUCACUUGUGCAUGGUUAUGGAGUAUGUGGAAGGCGGCGACUGUGCCACGCUCCUAAAGAACAUGGGCCCGCUGCCCGUGGAUAUGGCCCGCAUGUACUUUGCCGAGACGGUGCUCGCGCUGGAGUACCUGCACAACUAUGGCAUCGUGCACAGGGACCUCAAGCCAGACAACCUGCUCAUCACCUCGCUCGGCCACAUCAAGCUAACUGACUUCGGCCUGUCUAAGAUCGGGCUCAUGAGUAUGGCCACCAACCUCUACGAGGGCCACAUCGAGAAGGACACUCGGGAGUUCGUGGACAAGCAGGUAUGCGGGACGCCUGAGUACAUCGCCCCCGAGGUGAUCUUCCGCCAGGGCUACGGGAAGCCAGUGGACUGGUGGGCCAUGGGCGUCGUCCUGUAUGAAUUCCUGGUGGGCUGUGUGCCAUUCUUCGGAGAUACCCCUGAGGAACUCUUUGGCCAGGUGGUCAGUGAUGAGAUCAUGUGGCCAGAGGGGGACGAAGCCCUUCCAGCUGACGCCCAGGACCUCAUCACCAGGCUGCUCCGACAGAGCCCCCUGGACCGUCUGGGCACUGGAGGCACCCACGAAGUAAAGCAGCACCCCUUCUUCUGGACACUGGACUGGGCGGGGCUUCUGCGACACAAGGCUGAGUUUGUGCCGCAGCUUGAAGCUGAGGACGACACCAGCUACUUUGACACACGCUCAGAGCGUUACCGUCACCUGGGCUCUGAAGAUGACGAGACGAAUGAUGAGGAGUCAUCCACGGAGAUCCCCCAGUUCUCAUCCUGUUCCCACCGGUUUUCCCAGGUCUACAGCAGCUCUGAGUUCCUGGCCGCCCAGCCCACUCCAACCUUUGCUGAACGGAGCUUCAGUGAGGACCGGGAGGAAGGGUGGGAGCGCAGCAGUGAGGGGGACUAUGGGCGCCGGCUGAGCACCACCGAGGUCCGGCUCAGGUCCUGCACAUCCUCCGGUUCCUCCUGCCACUUAUCCUUUUCCCAGCCUGAGCGGGGCCCUAGCCCAUCUUUCCUGAACACCAUCAACCUGGACACGAUGCCCAAAUUUGCCUUCUCAUCAGAGGAUGAGGGAGUCGGCCCAGCUCCUGUGGGCCCCAAAAGGCCCGUCUUCAUUCUAGGGGAGCCCGACCCACCCCCAGCAGCCACCUCAGUGAUGCCCAAGCCCUCAAGCCUUUCUGCUGACACAGCUGCCCUCAGCCACGCGCGCCUACGAAGCAACAGCACCGGUGCACGACACUCUACGCCGAGGGCCCUGGAUGCCGGCCGGGGCCGCCGCCUUGGGGGCCCGAGAGACUCAGCCCCUGAGAAAUCCAGGACCUCCCCCAGCGGGGGUCGCGUGCCCAAGUCAGCCUCAGUGUCUGCCCUGUCGCUCAUCAUCACGGCAGAUGACGGUAGCGGCGGCCCCCUCAUGAGCCCCCUGUCCCCACGCUCGCUGUCCUCAAACCCGUCGUCCCGCGACUCCUCUCCAAGCCGAGACCCUUCCCCCGUGUGUGGCAGCCUGCGGCCCCCCAUUGUCAUCCACAGCUCGGGCAAGAAGUACGGCUUCAGCCUACGGGCAAUCCGCGUCUACAUGGGUGACAGUGACAUCUACACCGUGCACCAUGUCGUGUGGAGUGUGGAGGAGGGAAGCCCUGCCCAGGAGGCAGGCCUGCGGGCCGGGGACCUCAUCACCCACAUCAACGGGGAGUCGGUCCUGGGGCUGGUGCACAUGGACGUCGUGGAGCUACUGCUGAAGAGUGGCAACAAGAUCGCCCUUCGGACCACGCCCCUGGAGAACACCUCCAUCAAGGUGGGCCCUGCACGGAAGAAUGUGACCAAGGGCCGCAUGGCACGCAGGAACAAGCGCAGCCGAAGGCGGGAGACGCAGGAGCGGCGGAAGUCACUCUUCAAGAAGAUCUCAAAACAGUCGUCCGUGCUGCACACCAGCCGCAGCUUCUCUUCCGGCCUCCACCACUCCCUGUCAUCCAGCGAGAGCCUCCCGGGCUCACCCACCCACAGCCUCUCCCCCAGCCCCACCACGCCCUGCUGCAGCCCGGCUCCUGAUGCCCCAACAGACACAGUGUCUCCACCCAGCGCAUCCCCAAGCUCCAGCAGCCCUGCAUCUCCGGCUGCCACUGGCCACACCCGACCCAGCUCCCUGCAUGGCCUGGCCACCAAGCUUGGGCCACCCCGCCCCAAAGCCGGCCGCCGCAAGUCCACCAGCAGCAUCCCGCCCUCCCCGCUGGCCUGCCCACCCGUGCCAGCGCCCCCACCCCGCUCACCCUCGCCUCUGCCAGGGCACCCGCCUGCACCUGCCCGGUCCCCAAGGCUGCGCCGAGGCCAGUCGGCUGACAAGCUGGGUGCAGGUGAGCGGCUCGACGGGGAGCUGGGGCGCCGCAGCCGCGGGCCGGACUCCGAACUGGUGGUCAUGCGACGGCUGCAUCUGUCUGAGCGCCGAGACUCAUUCAAGAAGCAGGAGGCUGUGCAGGAGGUGAGCUUUGAUGAACCACCUGAGGAGGCCACUGGGCCACCCACCUUGGUGCCGCAGAUUGCCGUGGAGGGCGCUGAGGCUGUGCCAGGAGCCCUUGGACCCUCUGAGAAAGACUAA